AUACGUUUUAAUAGAUAGCAUUAUGUGCAGACACACGUAAACUAGACUACAGCAGUGACCUAAACUUAAUUUAUCUUGUCGACAUGUCUUCUAGAAAGCGUAGAAAAUACACCAAGGAUGUGAAGUGUGUUUUCUUUCCGGAUGAUGUCGAAAAUGGUGUGAAAGAAGUGAAGAGGGAGCCAUCGUCUCUCUCAGUUGUGUCUUCUGCCAGCAGUUGGCAGAAAUGUGGAGACAGUUUUAUGAACACUGAAGUGUUAAAGAACCUCAAGUCAUCAGGAAGGAAACUGUCUGCCAUCAGAAAGUUGGCACAGUCUCCUGCUUCAGUGCAGACCAGUGCCGUUCACCGUAAUGAGGACCCAGUGCACAUUGCGUGGAGCUCCAGUGACAGCGAACAGUCUGCUGAUGAGACCCGGGAGCAGCAGCAACAUCUGUUUCAGAGAGCAGGGAGACUCUCAGCUCCCAUUCAGUCUUACACCAAAGCGCUGCGUAUGCUCCGCACUGAUAAAGAUGACAUUCCCGUUAUAGACACAGACAGUGAUCUGGAUGAAUCUGAGGAGGAUGCUGAAAAGGACAGUGGGCAACAAAUUUCUGACUGUGAGUCAGAGUCUUUAGAUGAAAAGCCAGAAGAUUUACCCAUCAAACCCACAACUGUGACAGAGCUAGAAAUCUCUGGCUAUGUGUCUGACGGAGAGGAUAUUGGUGACACAGUGUCCCUGAGCAGACUGGACUCUGAGAGCUUUCCUCUCCAAACUGGUGAGGGCAGCAAAAGGUCAGUCAGUGACUGGGUCAGAUCUGCGCAUGCGAUGCUGCAAACGCCUCAGAAACCGUUUGACAGGCAGACCAAGACUCCUGAAGACUCUGCCAAAAAGAGAAGAAAGUUUCAAAGUGGCGGUCUGGCGGAGAGGCUGAAUCGACUCCAGAGCAGACAGAGGUCAGCUAUCAGCUUCUGGAGGCAUCAGUACAUCUCUGACACCUCAGCAACAGUGGACAGGCCUGGCGUGCUGGUGCUGGAGGUGCUGGAGGUUGAGGAGGAGUGCAGCAUGCAACUGGUGCACUGUGAGCACCGCCAGCCUCCCGGAGAGGCCCACCAACACAGCCACCCUAUCGCUGAGGGAGGCACUCGCAUGCUGGUGCUGUUCAACAGAGAGACUGCAGCCCAGCUGAGUCCUGCACCCGGAGAUAUCAUCCACAUAUACCCACCAUGGCAAAGUCUUUCCGUGGAAGGUUUCAGCUGUGAUAUCAUUCUGAGCACACACUUCAGCCAGAAAGUCUCCUCUGCUUCCAAACCAUCCGACGAGUCCGUUCCCAGAGGCCUUCUCUGGGGGAGGUGCAUGCCAUACUCUCUGUGCCAAACAUUUGGACUGCUGGAGGUUUGCAGGACCACUGAAGAGAACAAUACCAAACAGGUUGCUGCCCCCGAUGCUCUCUGCAGGUCUGGGAGCUCAGGUUUCCUGACACGACACUGCCUUUCUUUACUGGAAGCUAUUGAGGGUCUGGGCCAGGCUGGCUCUGUGGGGCAGGACGUGGUGGUGGUGGUCCAGAGAGUUUACUCCAUCCCUGUGCCUGACUGCUCCCCUGUGUCCAUUCUCAAGCUCAGGGUUCCCUCCAGGUCCUCUACAGCUCCUCCUCCCCCUCCUGCAGAGAAAGGCAAAACCAGGCUUUGUGUGCUUGUCCAGGACAGCUACGGGAUGUUCAGCGUGGUCCAGCUCCACCUCCUCUCCUGCGAAGACGACCUGCACCGAUACAGCCAGAUGUGGCAGGGGAGGACCUGUGUGCUAAGAGACAUUAAAGUGGUGCAGCGGGUCACUCGAGAAAGGCGCACCAGGCUUUUCAGCUUGAUAGACUGUCUGUGGCCCCCAGCGAUCCCUCUUAAUGAUCAUGAAAACACACCCAGCGUGGCCUGUGAGAGCCGUCCGCCAGGUCCAGCUCCGAGCUUCUGCUACCUGCUGUCAGGUCAGGAGAGCUCAGUUGAACCCACUGAGGAGCAAAGGGUGUCGGCGCUCCACCUUCCUCCCACUGAAAGAACCUUACGAGACGUGCUGCAGAGUGAGCUCAACACCCAUCGGUGCAGUUUUGUUGCCACUGUCAUAUACAAGAGAAUACAGAACAGUGAUGUAGGCCAAGGUGAGGUUUGGUUGGUGCUGACAGACCCCAGUCUUCAGGACGAGCCGCCCGAGAGGCCAUGCAGGCGAACAGUGGCCCUAUGUGUGAACACUUCCUGUGUGCUCACUUCCUCUGUCCUCAAAGCACUAAAUUCCCCCGCUGCCUGUCACAUGUCAUUCAGAGAUGCCAUCAGAGAACAUGGUGUCCUGCUGUGUGCGGAGCAGUCAGUCAUUGAGAUGUGCUCUGACGUGGAUCCUGAGGGCAGCCUCACAUCCACGGACAGGCCACAGUCACUGUCUCAGUCGCUGCCCCAACCUGUGAAACUGGAUCCCCUGGGUCUGGAGAUCACACCCAACUCACUCUGCACUCUCACUGGGGUGAUAGUUGGUGUGGAUGAGAACACAGCUUACUCCUGGCCGGCCUGCAACCACUGUGGAAGUGACAGUUUAGAGAUGUCAGCUCAAAAAUCUCAAAACUUCCACUGUGUAUCUUGUAAGUCGGUGGUGGACAAGCCAGACACAAAGAUUCAACUGGAAGUCUUCCUGAGUUCCUCUUCAUUAACUGAUUGCACUAUAAAGGUUAAGCUGCAGCAAAAGACAAUCAUGUCCGUCCUGAACACUGCAGCUCUGGAGGGUAACGAGUUCCCAGAAUACGAUGUGGAGAACGUCCUGGGAAAAGAGGUGGGCCCCCUAGCAGUCUACGUCCGAGUUGUCACCAGGAAACCGGCUCUGUGGAUCGGCCUGGAAGAGGUCUGCCUUGGGGGCGUUCAGAGCUAAUGAUAUCAAUCCUCAGGCUUCAGCAUGGCUCCAAGGAUCUGCACACUAGGCCUUGCUCUGAGCCAGUUUAGCCUCCCCCUCCACCUCCCUCCCCCUUGAAGGCCUCCCUGACAGCUUGAAGUGAACAGGCUGCAAAGAGACAAGGUCUUGUUUGUGUUAAUGAUAUGUGAGCCUGCGGACCAGGAGUUGACAGCCCAAGGGUAGACCAGUGGUAUGCAGUCUGUCAAAGCAGCUCACGUGGUUCAUCAACUAGGAUGUGACUUUUGGCUGUAAACACAUUUUUUAAGUGGUCAUCUACCUCUGUAUGUAAUAUUUCUGU